CGCGGCGGCGAGAGGCGGUUGAGUGGCUGCGCGGGAGCCCGGCGGCGCUCGAGUCGUUGCGGUGCUCGUUCGCCCGGCCAUGUGCGAGGCGUAUUUCCCCGUGGGCCCCGGCCUGGGCCUGGAGGAGAAUUUCCUGUCACUGGACGACAUCCUGAUGUCGCAGGAGAAGCUGCCGGGCCGCGCCGAGAGCGCCCUGCCGCGCCUGGCCUUCGCGCUGGGCCAGGGCGCCGGCACCGGCGACUCCAUCCCCGAGGGAUCAAAGCUGGAAGUACCUCUGUGGCUUGCUAAAGGUCUACAUGACAGCAAAAGAAGAAUAAUUUCUGUGGAACUGCCAAAGAUUUACAAGGAAGCCUGGAGGACAGUGUUCAGCGCUGAUGCUAACGUAGUUGAUCUACAUAAAAUGGGGCCAUACUAUUACGGGUUUGGCUCCCAGCUCCUGAAUUUUGACAAUCCAGAGAAUCCUGAGAUAGCUCAGACUAUCCUGCAGACAUUUAUUAGCCGUUUUCGUCGUAUCAUGGACUCCUCUCAGAAUGCCUAUAAUGAAGACACAUCAGCGCUGGUGGCUCGGCUGGAUGAAUUGGAACGAGCCUUAUUUCGAGCUGGCCAGAAGGGGCUGAAUGACUUCCAGUGCUGGGAAAAGGGACAGGCUUCUCAAAUCACAGCAUCCAGUCUGGUCCAGAAUUACGGGAAAAGAAAGUUCACAGAUGUGGAUGGUUGAAAACCUGAAGAACGUGUGGCUAGAGCUGGGGACACCGAGGGAUUUAGAGUCUGUCUGUCACAGGAGAGGAAGAUGAAUCAGCUUAGGGGAAGGACAGGCUCCCUGUUCAUUAAUGGGAAUUCUUCUGUGUAACAUCUUCAGAUUAGACUAGUGCAAAUUUUAAAGGCAGGCGGCAAAGAUAUAAAAAAUAGAUGACAUCCCAUCACUGGAUAGCUCUACAGCUUACUGAUACGACUCCUGAGGAUUUGCAGUUAAAGUGUUUGCUAGGUGGCUGAAAGGGUAUGAAAGGAUUUUCUAAAAAGGUAAUUAAUAUUUAUUAUUCUUUAUCUUCCAAACCGAUACAAUUACAAUACCAGAUCUGUUUGGAAAAAAGUGUAAUUCUAAGUAUUUCAUCUUGUCCUUCCCAUUCCAACCUCCUGGGAACGGCUGCUUCCAGGUUUCCUGUUCUUUGGAGAACCUCAAUGAUGUGAACAAAAAAAAAAGGUGGUACAAACUGCAUUGAGUUUUCCCCAUUUCUUUUACGCUGACGUGGAAUAGGUACUUUUUGUGAGGCAGGAACGUUUUUCUUUGCUGACUUUUGUACACAGUGCCCCAGAGAAAAAUCCCUCUUUUAGCCCAUGUAGCAAGUGAAGUGGCUGUGCAGGUCUCAUGUGCCACCUCAUCCUCUCUCUCUCUUUCAGCCCGUGUGGGCUUGAUGCUGCAUGGGGUAGAGAACAUUCUCAUUUGAUGCGAGUGGCUUUUGUGAUGAUGUGUCUUUAUGACAGGUGUUAAGCUCCUCCGCUUUCUUACAGAGAAGGCAACAAAGAGUUAGUCCGGACCAGAUCAGAAGCAGCAACUUUAAUGGAAACUCUACCCCAUUAUCAACCUUUGAGCCAUCUGUUUUCCCAUGAAAAAUUCUGAGUACAAAAUUUGGUUAGUAGGAGGGACAGAGCAAGUGAACUGAGUUUCCUUCCUUCUGAUCCAUCUAAAUGAUCCUAGCAAAUUGAUCCUAGUAGAUGUCCUACUGGAGCUGGAACUUGCUAAACAGCACAGUGAUUAUCGUCCUGUGUGGAUGCCCUUAAACGUAGAUGAUCUGAAGUCCCGUUGGAUUGGAGACAGAGAACAGGUGGUUAUCUCUGUAGGACUUAGUUCCCGCAGUCAUCAGGAUGGUCAUCCUUUGGAAGCGGGUGUUAGAGGUCUUAUGGAUGCUUGUAAGCGUUUGUAGAAGGUGGACCUUGCAGAGCACCUAAGUGGAGGAGCCCAGAGGGUGAUGAUACUGAGCGCUUCCUCUUCUGUGGGAAUCACUGGGAGGUGACGGGAAGAUCCGAAUCAUGGAGGAGUUAUUACUGGACUUGUGGAUGCACUUGGAUAUUGGAUACUUCAAACUGGAAACCUCAAGUACAAAGGGUGCAUGGCCAUUACUUGGCUGGAGGUGGUGAGAGGGGACAGCGUGCUGGCUUCUUCAGACCUUGGCAUCUCCGCCUCCUGCCACAGGAGACUAAUUGGAAGCUGUGCCUGACAAAGCGUUUAAAGUGUGUGCCAGAUCAAAUGCUGCUACACUUAAUGGCACGUAGUAGCCUAUGCAUUUUCAUGAAGCUUUUGUCUGUUGUCCAUUUCUGGAUUUUUAUGUUGAAUAAAUAUUUUGUGAGGGGAGACUCGUAAUGGAAAAGGUCUGUUGUUAAUUGCCGUGCAGCAAAAAAAUUAAUGAUCGAGUGGAAAGCACGAGUCUUGACAAAACUGUGGCCAUGAUAGAUAAUGCAGCCCUGCUUGUAUCGUUCCCCUUGUAGGGAACACCGUUGGGAGCUACGUUUGUGCAGUCACACGAGUGUAGAAGUAGUUCCUGUCUGACUUCGCCCAUGUGGGCGAUAGCUGUUGGCUCGAAUUGUGGGAGAGACGCUGCCAACCAAUCAGUAAGCUGAUGAUUUUCUGAAUUUCAUUUUUAUGAAUCACAGGAUGGACGGAGGUGAUUCUGUGUUGCCUGGGCUUUGUGGCAGCAUAGUGGGUAGCGGGUGGAAGUCAGCGCGCUCUGUGUGCAUAUGCUGCUGCUCCAAGCACUGUAGCGCAGACUUCAUGCAGCGUUGUCAAAGCUGUGUUCAGUGCUUCAGCUGCCAGAGGAGCAAGCCCAUCUGUGAUGAGACGCAUUUUUGAAUUGGAAAGAUUAUUUUAAUGAGAUGGGGGCUUUGAGAUCUAGUUGGUUUACAACCAAAAUCACUAGUUCAUCAGUUUCUGGACUGGUUUUGGUGACUAUCCAGACUCAUUUGCCUACAUUUGUAAGAACGUUUUUCUUCUUCUCUAUUGCUGAGUGCAAAAUCCAAGCAGAGGGUUGCUCAUUUGCCAACACUUUGUGCAGCUACUUUCAGAGUGGGGAGGAAAAAAAUCCCUGAAGUAGUCCUCAGUGUCACUGGCUUUUUGUAAGGAGGCAACGUCACUUUUAGUAUCCCUGAGUGUUUAGGAAUAAACACCAGUAAGACCUUUUAAAAAUCUGAUCCUGUAACUUUAAAUUACAGCCUUUGGUUGUAUUUGGUACAGAUUUGGUAUUCUGUUGAUUUUUUUUUUUGGUUGUUUUUGUUUUUUUUUUUUCCUUGUUGGCUGGAAUGUUUUUGUUUUUUUUGUUUUCUGUCCAGAAAUACAACAAAAGAGUGCUCUGUA